CAUUGCUUGUGAUUGUUGUACAACAAGUACUGUCGUCACUUUAUAAAUACACGUUGUGCGCUGAACAAACACAAAUUUAAUAAUUAUCAUGGUAUACUAAAAGGGGGAAUCACUGCAUUGUCGUUAUAGAUAAAUAAAUAGCAUAAUCAGUAACAACACAUAUGUCCGAUGAGUCAAUCUAACAAAUUGUUUCGAAAGGUGUAGAUCUUUUAACAAAACGUAUACUUAAAAAAAUGGAAAAUUUUUUUACAAACAUCGAUUUGAUCACAUAUAUGUGCAAAUUUUUAAAUUACGAAGAGCAAUUUCAAUUGACGCAAGUUUCAAGUGAAUUGGAAAACAUUAUAACGAAUUAUGUGUGGAAAACUACAUUUCAAGAAAUACAAAUCGCAAUGAAUCAAACACAAUUUGUAGUAUCGGACACAACGAAACCAAUCGAAAAGCUUCGUUUUUAUGAAUACUAUAAUAUAUGGCAUGGAGAAGAUUUCCUUUUAUCAAGUAAAAAUAUGGAAAUUUUCUUAAAAUUAAAUAAAAAUAAUGUUAAAAAAUUGCAACUAAUAGGUGAAAAAGACCCAAAAAAAGAGCGUCGCAGACACCAGAAAAUGUAUUCAAAUCAACUAAUAACUGAAAUAGAUCAAGGAGAGAAUAGCACACAAUAUGUCUUACCAUUCAGUCAAACAUUUCCAAAUCUUACUGAACUGUGCUGCUGGAAUAUGAAAUUGGAAAAUAGGGAUUUGCAAAGAGUAGCAGAGAAUUUUUUGAAACUGAAUACUUUGAUCCUAAAUAAUUGCUUCAGUCCAGAAGAUAAACCUUUGGAAAUUGGAAUUGAUAUUAAUAUUCAAACUAUUAAAGAUAUAAAAAAUUUGAACAGUUUAACCAUAAACAGAUGGCCAUACGCAUACACUUAUAGUUGUUUGAAUAAUGUUAAAAAUAUUAUUAAUCAACUAAAAUUACAGCAAUUAACAUUAAAUGGCUUUCGUAUUCCUUAUGAAUCCAAAAAUAAUAAAAUCGAUUUAAAUUUAAGAAAUUUAAAAUAUUACAAAGAACUAGAUAUGACUCAAUUCAUAUUAUACAAAAUAAAUUUCUUGCCACACUUUGAAAAUCUUCGCAACUUAACCCUAAGGUGUGACCAUGAUACUUAUAUUUAUGAAGAUUUUUUUAUAAGUUUAUUAAAAUCUUGUAAAUAUUUAACACAUUUACACUUGAUCCUAUGCCUUACUGAACAUUUCAAAGUAUUGCCAACAUUACACGAACUUAUUCUCGAAGACUGCGAAGGAUUAACUUAUUCAAAUUUGAAAACAAUAUUGAGUGGAAUUCAUUUGAAAUGUUUUAAAUCUCUAAGUACAACAUAUACGGGAAAUUUUGAAUAUUUUUCUAUUUCACCAUCAUUGCAAAAACUUGAAAUAAUUACUAAAGACACAAAUUUUACAAAAUUAUUAAGUUUUAAUGAACAAAAUCUUAUAAACCUUAAAGAAUUGCUGUAUUAUGCGAACGGUGAUGAAAAGUUGAUAUUUUCAAAUUUUGGACAAAAUCUAAAUGUUCUGAAUAUUAAUAGUGAUCAAUUUAUUGCAGAAGAUUGUUUGAAAUUGAAAUAUUUGCAUAAAUUAAAAAUAAAUGAUGGUAUUUCAAUAUCUGACUUUUUGCUGCUGCUAAAACAUGGACAUUUACAUGAAUUAUCAAUUAAAUAUGUUUAUUAUAAAAUAAAUCAGCAUGAAGCAAAAGCCUUAACGACAAAUCUUCGAUAUCUUCGUUUAGAAUGUAAUAGAUUUGGUGUCAUUGGUAAUGCGGAGGAAGACUUUUUACUUAAUUUAUUAAAUUUAAAUAAAGAAUUAUCUCUAGCGUAUGAGAGAUUAAUGACAACAAAGUCAAUUGUUCAAAUAUCGCGUAAUAGAAACUUUCCAAAGCGAUUUAAGAAUAUUAAUGUUGGCGGUAUUUCAAUAGAAUGUAAUUCCAUUCGGAAUGAAUGUGAAGAAACCAUGAUUCUAAUAAAAAAUAUUAUACAAUCCUUUAGAAAGCGUCAUUUGAAUGCAUAUUUUAUACUAUAAUAGCACAGACCAAACACAAUU